AUGCGAAGAGCCUUGCCGUCUAGAUCAAAUCGCCUAGAACCGACCCGAAUCGUUUCCAAGCCCUCGGCGCAAAUUUCACAGACAAGGCUCCGGCAAUAUUUCCAGCAUUCUUCUGCCCUAGUUCGCCCAUCUACUACUCCAGUAACAAAUCGUAUUCUACAUCGAGCUCCUAAAGUUGUUCUUGGAGGCUUUGAUCGGAAUCCAUGGCGAGCACUCUCUGCUGGGAAACCAAGUUCCUUGCUGCAGCCAUCAGAAUGGAGAGAAUACGGGAGUCUAGGGCAGGCGCGGCAGCGACGUGAUGCACCAUUGGAUGUUCUUCCGUCGAACGAAUCUCUCGCGGCAAGAAUCAACAAGACUCUUCAGGAUACAGAGGCCGAUAUUGAACCCUACGAUGCUGCUACUUGGGAGGCAGUAUGCGGCGUGCUGUCUGAUAUGUAUGGCCCUGAUGGCGUUUGGGCCGUCUCUCAGUCUAUUUGGCAGAGUGGGAAACACAAAAUUUUUACCCAUAACGAUGCCGAAGCCCUGCGUUGCAGAAUCUUGUCAGCUGCGUUAAGCUCUGAAGCAAGACUGUCUUUGCUUUUUACUGCGGCGCGACAGCUUGUCGCUCAGGAGAAUUUCCAAUGGCCUGGACUCUACACGAAAACUGUCCACUUUUUCCUGGAACGCGGCGAUUAUGAAAGCGCAAUUCGCUGGGACAAAUUACUAGCUCCUAUCUUUCCAGCUGGAGCGGAAGAAUUUGGAGCUUUAUUAGCAACCUUUGUUAUCAAGCCAACUCCUGAGAUGCAGAGCACUCUGACGGCGCUGUAUGUCUCCGGCGCCAAUCGCCAACUAUACGACCAUGUGAUACCGGCUCUCUUCGCUUCCGGCCAAUCCAAAUUAGCUCGUACAUGGCGGAAGAAGCUUGUUUUGUUUAAAGAUUCUCCAUUCACAGCAAAGUCGCGCCCGUUUCUGCUCUUUCUUGCCAACUACUAUCCUCACAUACAGCUCACAGAGAGUGAGCUUGCUGUUGCCGAACUCAACCGUGAGUGGCUGGCUGCUGAAACCGAAGAGGAUGAACCGUUCUUCGAAAUCGAUAGAAGAGGGUUCGAUAGAAAGGGAAUCCAUAGUGAUGCUUUCAUCGCCAAAUGGUUUGCUAGCACCUGGACAUCUCUGGAAUUUGCAAUCAACCUCAUACAUAAGCUGGGAGUACGCACUAUAGGCCCACGCGCGUUACAGUCUCUUGCGCUGCGAGACCCAGAUACCAAGGAAGUUGCGUCUCGUAUAGCUCAGGUAGAGAGACUGGGCAUCAAGAUCUCUUCGCAGUCGUACUGCAAGAUUUUGGUUGCAUUUGCCAGGAACGGAGAGGAUGAUUUACUGAUUGAUCUACUUCACUGCGACAUCCACCCUGACGAAUUUGAGGAUAUGGAAACUCGGCAUUCUCUCAUGGCUGAAGCGGCCAGGACAGGGGAUUGGAAGAUGGAGCGACUUCUUCAAGGCAUCGAGUGGGCUAUCGAAACUGGACCAACAUCUCGACGUCUCAACUCCCUGCUCAGGAGCGAGCUUUCUAAGCGAAGUUUAGGCAAGGCGAGAGAGGUCCUCGACCGUAUGGAAGCACUGAAAAUCAGCAUGGCCCAAGCCAGUGCGACUGGGCUCCUCAAGAGGGUGUUUUGGAAGCUCGACUCUCAUCCUCAGCGAUCUCAACGAGCGCCGCAAAGUGAUGCUGGCUCGCGUGACUUUGAUGACCCCUUUUUGGAUAGAGCCCUGAAUGUCAUCCGCCGGAUUUCUUGCCACGACGUUGCUAUCCCUAUUCGAUACUGGAAGAUCUUACUCUACAAGCUGGGACGCUCAAGGCGUCUUGACGAGCUAGAACAACUGAGCUUAGAAAUCAUGCAAUUCUACACUCCACCUUACGGAGGGCUAGUACCUGUACAUCGAGAGGAUCUACCAAAGCACCUCAAUACCGAAGAACGAGAAUCUAUACCAGCUGAUUUACCAUUCGUACAUCACCAUCAUCCGAUCCGACUGCUCUUUGAUCCUUCGCUGCAGCGCUCCAUCGUGAGAUGGGGAUUUGACCAGACGCUGGCAACCAAGCCUCAACCACCAACAACCGUCACAUCUCUACAAACGCCGAGCUUUUCACAGUUUGAUGUUGCUCGCGGGGUCCGCCUAUUAGCCACACUGCGAGACCAGGGAGCUUUGAUAGACACGCAGGUGGUUCGAUCAAGCGUCAUCUCUCGUAUCGCCACUGGAAUGGUCCCUGGACGGCCUAGACAUCGAGCGAGAGACAGCAUCGAGUUUUCUGUAGAAAACCUGAUGAAUCUUAUUGAAAAGGCAUGGGGCUCAGAGAUGUUUCCCGACGCGCCAAAGGUGGUUCGAGAAAUCGAAGCGCGGAAGUCAAAGCUGUGGCACCAAUACCCAAAACUGAUUGAUAGGACUUUUAAUCAAGAUUCCACAUGA